AUGAAAGAAGACACUGAAAGGCAUAUUGACGACGGAUCUGCCACAGUCAGACCUAGAAAACUUAAGGGUAACUAUGCAAAGCUGAAAGUUCAAAAUGAGCGUAAUGAAUCACCAAAAACUUCAAACUGUACAAGUGAAGCCUCAGAAAUACAGUCUCCAGAAGAAGAACACGAGCAUUUCCCAUCCAAGGAUGACCCCCCUGUUCUUGAGCCGGUUGAUAAGAUGCUGCAUUGUUUUCAAGGCCGGAGUGGGAAAGAACGCCGUGUUACUCAGAACAAACGCAGGAAGCUUGACACUUCUCAGCAAACACAACAAGAUUGGGACCAAGAUAUUUCGCAUGGGCUGCAUAAUUCUGUUUCUCGGAUGGCACGAAACAAGAGAGAUUCGAGCACAGUCACCGACAUGAGUUGCACAACCGGCAAAAGUUAUGUCCAUGAGAGCGAACUCAAGCUACAAAUUCGUGGUCAGGGUCUUCAGCAAGCGACAUCCGAGGGUCGUUCGGGGCGAAAUGAAGUAUCUACCACAGUGCGCUAUUUGCAGCCAAUCCGUGCGGAGCAGACAAUAUCUAAGAACAAAACACUCUCAAACGCUACAGAGAUUCCUACUUCAAGCUCUCAAUUCCAAUCAAAUUCGAGGCCAGAGACCAGAAGCCAAAUAACUGCACGAAGGAGGUUAGUGGAUUCACUUGGUCCCCUGGAGUUGUCAGUCGAAGAUGCGGUGCGAGCAUCCAGAGCCAACGACGACACCGAAGUCGACCUGCUUCCCCGCCACAGCCCUCAUAGAGACUGUUCAUCAAACUCUCAGCCGAAUUUUCGACCUGUUCAGAUCGCGACUGAAAGCGCGAACAGGGCGACUGCUGAAACAUCUGGCCCAGUCUCAUCCAGAGUGGGAGGCUGUAGGGUCACUUAUGCGCGACAGCGGUCUUUCUUGGAUGACACGUCUAUCGUUGACAAUCAUCGUCCUUCCGAAAUUCCGGCUUCAACAGUUAAUCGCUUUGUUCAAGGGCAGCGAAAAUAUGGAUCCGAGAUUCUCUCCAGUCACUCGUCGCAUCUCGGUGACGGAGAAUCGAGCGACAGCGGUCCCGUUCGUGGGAUUCACGAGCUUAGACAAGCUGGAGACAACUCCCGCUUUCGAAGCGCCAUUGAAUUGAUCUUCGAGGACAUUGAGGAUGCAUACAAUACCACUUCAGAUCAGCUUGUCAAGUUGUUAAUGCCGGAAAGAGACAAGACUAUCAAAUUUCCUCUAUCGCGGGAAAGGUUCAGGACACUGGCUUCGACAUUCUCGAUAUUGGAGUCUUACGCGAUCGUAUUGAACCCAGCAGACCACAAUCAAAACUACCCGUCUCUGAGUUCACUUUCUCGGCUUCAUGAAUAUCUCAAUCUGAACCAGCGCAAUCAGGGUAGGCAACUUCGCAUGCACUAUAUUCGAGCAAUAUUGAACCUCACCAACAACGACCCGAAUCUUUGCAACGAAUAUGCAACACCCGAGCUGGUGAAGGGAUUAGUCAAAAUUGUCAUGUCAGAGAUUCGCGACGCAUCCGACGAUAUUUCCACAGGGGAGGACAACUCCUUGAACACAAUAAUCUUAGUCUUGGGGGUUCUUAUCAAUAUGACAGAGAAAAGCGAGUCAGCGAGGGGUCUUUUCCUCCACCUGACUCUUGAUUCGACAUCUUUAAUCCACUCACUUUUGCAACGAUUUUACGAAAGUGUGAAUUCGGUCUGUGAGGCACAUACAGCUCCUACACUUCAUCGCAACGUUACCGUCGGAUAUCUAUCUAUCCUCCUGCUCACGCUUUGUUUCAGCGACGAGGCGAUCUCCCAGGUGAGGAGGUCACUCGACAACAAGGGACUCACCGUAGUUUUAUCAACCGCAGGCAAAUCAUCUCUUACGGUCCGAUUUGUUGAACAUCAUUUUGUUGAGAGCUACUAUCCUACCAUUGAGAAUACGUUUAGUCGCAUCAUCAAGUACAACGGUCAGGAUUUCGCCACAGAGAUCGUUGAUACAGCUGGUCAAGAUGAGUACAGCAUACUUAAUUCUAAGCACUUUAUCGGAAUACACGGGUAUAUCAUUGUCUACUCUGUAGCGUCCCGCCAGUCGUUUGAAAUGGUUAGGGUUAUACGCGACAAAAUUUUGAAUCAUCUUGGAGCGGAACAUGUUCCUCUUGUGGUUGUUGGAAACAAGAGUGAUCUCAAAUCCGAACAGCGUCAGGUUUCACUAGAUGAGGGUCGGCAAUUGGGCGAAGAGUUUCACUGUGCCUUCACCGAGGCUAGUGCUCGCCUCGACUACAACGUCACAAAAGCCUUUGAUUUGAUGAUCGGCGAGAUUGAGAAGUCCCAAAACCCGUCCCAACCAGCAGGCGGCAGCAAGUGCAUCCUAAUGUAG